AUGGAGUACGCAGCCUACAACAUUUCCCAACUUGCUCAUCCCCUUCUCAAACCUUCAGGGGCUUGCAUUGUGUUUGUUUCUUCUGCGGCUGGACUUUUAGCAGUAAAUGUUGAUUCACUUAAGAAAAUAGAAAAAACGGUGAGAACUCGUGGUGCCUCCUCCAAGAAGAUCCCUGUUUCUCAAUCCCGAAAGGUGCCAUCUCCUUUGCCUCCUCCGUCUGUGUCAACGGCGCCUCUUUCUGUUCCAACAGCUCCCACAUCUGUUGGAAAGUUCUGCAAAUCCAAGGCUCGCAAAAAGGUGUUUUCGCUCUCUCAUGAACAUCCUAUGGUGUUUCCAGAUAUCUCUGCUGACAUUGUUGCACCACCAUCUGAAGUGGUGGUGCCCUCUCGAGCCAAGGACCAUUCUCCUCUUCCGUUUGAUUCGUCUUUGGAGGCUAGGGCAAAAUCGAAAUCUGUUUCCUCCUCUUCCAAAGCUGCUGCUGCUGGGUUGCUCAAAUUGCCCUUGAAGCCGAGUCAGUCCAAGAAAAAUUCUGUGUCUCCCAAAAGGAAAUUGGGGUUGGACGCGUCUCCUUCUCCCUUGUCCGCUGCCAAGAAAAAAUUGAAGGCUCAUCCCCCUUCACUUCCUCCUCCGAAUCUGAUCCUGAGGGAGAUAAAAUCAGAGGCUGAGUCUGAUGAGCCAGAAAAAGAAGACACUAUCCCCUCUGAACAAGAAGCCGAAUCUGACUCAGACCACAUUGCAUCUCCUUUGCCAUCCAAAGCUAAAGGGAAGAAACCUAUUUCUGGUUCUACACCUUCACCAAAACAUUCAGGUGUAAAUUUCAAACCUUAUUCUUCCAUUUUUUUCUAUAAUGAUAAUGCACGUGAUAUGGUUCUAUAUGCUCAACGAAAAUUUAUCAUUGAAACAAAUUAUGUCUUGAGUGAUCAUCGUCCUUUUGGUGUGCUAACAAUGCUUCAAGAUCGACAAUGGACAGGUUCUUUGGUUAAAUUUUCUGGUUUUGUGGAUAGAAUAGUCAAGGAAUUCUAUGCCAAUCUUACUAAUGAAAUUAUUGAACCUUCAUCUCCUCUGUAUAAUAAAGUGUUUGUUAGGGGCCAUUGGUUCUCUUUUUCUCCUCAAGACAUUGCUCUUGCUUUGCAUCUUCCCCUUGAUGUCGAGGAUGAUGUUGAUGGUGCUUCUCUUGACAAGGACAUGGUUAUCACUGAGUUGGUUGGUCAAAAAAUGGUAUGGCCAUCUAAUACAGUCAUCUCAGUUUCAAACCUCACCUACACUUAUGCUGUUCUUCAUAAGUUUGCCACAACAAAUUGGAAGCCCACUUCUCACACCGCCACUAUUUCUUUUGAUAUGGCUUCAUUUUUGUACAAAGUGGGGACCGGUCUUGGUAUAAAUUUGGCUUUGGUUAUUCAUGAUCAAAUCAUUGGGUUUUGCAAAGGUAACAGGAAAAACUUGAAUAUUCCUUUCCCUCAUGUUAUUUAUAAAGUGUUGAGUAUGCAGAAAAAAGAUCUCCAACGAGAUCAAGAAGACUUGGUGGCACCCACUACUGCCGCUUCCUACAAGGCCUCUGCCCCUCCUACUGAAGCCACUGCUGCUCCGUCCUCCAAGAAAGUCAAGCCCCGAUCUCUGAAGAUCGCCUCGGAUGACAUCCCUCAUGCCUCCUCCUCUGUUGCCACAGAUUCAGGACUUGUUGCAACCGAAAUAGCUGCUGUUCGAGCCUCUGUUGAUUCUUUGACUGCUCGAGUGAUGUCAAUUGAAGGACUGCAACGUUCUGUGUUGGAGGCUGUUCAAUCUCUGUCCAAAGCUCCAAUUGUUUAG